UCGUCUGAACGACCUGAACGUAGCCGCAAUGCAAAGGCACAGGCCAGGCAUCGCGCGAAGCGAAAGGCCUAUAUUGAGCAGUUGGAACAGACCGUGGUCAAGUUGCAGACCAUCAUGAAUCUCUCACCGGAGCAGGUGGCGGCCCUGCCCCCUCCCUCGGUUCGGAUACGUGAGCUCGAGCAGGAGAACCAGCGGCUCCAUCACGAAAUGGACAGACUGAGAAGA